AUGCAGCGUCUGAACAUAGGCCAGACGCGAACACCAGUCCCAUUCGACCGUUCAACAUCACAAGGAGGAAAAACAGUGACACCGUCUGCUUCUCCCGACAAUGCAACUCCCGAGCGAGUGUCAUGUGACUGUCGUCGUCAAUCCCAAAUUGCUUUAGUUAUUCUUACAAUAUCAUUUUUGAAGUGUGAACAACAGAUUGAUAUAUCUUCCGUCUUAAGUCCGACAGUAGUAGGGAUCUAUUUCUUCGAAGUCCAGCUUGAAAACACGUCAAUGGUUAUUGAGAAAAGAUACUCGCAAUUCUAUUUUCUCGACAAUUACCUUCAUUUAAAACUCCCGAAGAAAGUCAUGCCUACCCUUCCCCCAAAAGAAAUAUUACACAGUGGCUCCCAUCCGGACGUCAUCCAUCGAAGAUCCAAAGAACUUUCAAAAUACUUAGAAACUAUAGUAAAGAUCCCGGGCGUCUUAAAAGACACUGUGGUAGUUGAGUGGUUCAUGCAACCCCCAGACAAACACAUAGUUGGGUUUUCUAAACAGCGGAAGGCGGGGUAUUUGUCGAUUGAAGGGAGUUUUUUUAAGAAUUGGAAACGGCGGUAUGCAGUGUUAGCGAAGAAUGUGAUAGCGCUGUUUAAGACUGCGAAGGAUCUUUUGGUGUAUGAAGACCCGAUCGAAGUGUUUUGUAUACGGAAUUGUACGAUAGCGCCUGUUCUUGAUAAAGGGCCGAAUGUCAUGACCCUCUCCCGAAACAAUAUGACGCUGUGUUCUCUGUAUGUGGAGAACGACGACGACUUCUUGUCGUGGUUGUCAGCAAUACAAACGGAUAUCAACGUGGCUAAAGGAAGAAGUACCCCGCUGUGUACACGAAUGAAAGUCAUCCCCCCAAACGCGAAGAAAAAGACGUCAACGACGUUGGCAAUAGCGUCGUUCUCGGCACUGAGCGUGAACGACUCGCCAAGAAAGAAAACGGGGAAACGGCUCUCUCGAAUGUUCGACACAGACGUCUGCUCUUCGUAUGAAAGUGUUAUUAACGCACUCUAUGAACGAUUUCGAAACGAAAUGAACACGAUCUACCCCGUCUACUUGGAAGACAGAAAAGAGAUGAAAGAGGAACACUGCAAGUUCUUCGAGGAAAUUCGAGGCCUUCAAUUGAGUGACUUUUUGGAGGGGAACAAAUUGGAAGACACUUUUCAGAAGCUUCUUGUGGUGAGUAAAUUGUAUACAAAUUUGGGAGGGGUCCAGAAAAUAACAUGGCUAUUUAUUAACAUUCAUAAGAUGUAUAGAAUGUAUUGCGGCUGCGGGUUCGACGCUUUGGAACAGUUCCAGGAGUUUAGAGCUACAAACAGUACACAAAGCAUUGAUUCUUCGUUUGUUAUUUAUUCUAAUAAAUAUAUUAAUAAAUAUAGAAAUUAA